AUGAAAGAAACAGGCCGUGAUGAAAAGGAGCGAAACCAUUGGGUACGGGCACUUGAAACUGUCAUUCGGGAAUGUGGAGGAUAUAGGAAAGCUCCAAAGAAACAAGAGAAUGCAUCAGAAGCACUGAAGCAUAAAAUUGUCGAAGCUGACAAGCAUUUGUCGGAUAUCAUUCUUCAGGUAAAGGGCCUUGAAUCGCUUAAAGAACAUGCAUCAGAGAAAGAGCGCAAAAAUGUAGACGAGCUGAUCACGUCUAGUAACCGGCUGCUCGACACGGUUAAGCAUGCGAUCAUUCUUUUGCAGGACUUUCUGAUAAAUGAACGUUAUCGUAGAAAUUUGGCACUUGAUUAG